GCGCAAGGGCGAGGGCAGGCGGAGCGAACAGCCGCGCGUGCAGCUUCCGGCAAGGGGUGCAGCAGCGCGGAGGCGGCGGAGGAAGCUCCUCCUUGGGAGGGAAAAUGGAGGCCGACAUUCCAGCCGGCUUCUCACGGCUAGACGUCGACACGCUCGCGCACGUCGCCUCGUUCCUCCCCUGCUCCGAGGUUCUCGGCCUCGACUGUGUCUGCCGCGAGUGGGCGUGCGCCUUCCGCCCACCACGGCUUUCGCUCCACAUCACCCGCGUGUCUCUCCGCGGCACUCCGCUCUCGUCCGCGCUGCGCGCCUUCGCGCGGCGAUUCCCGGCGCUCUCCACCCUCUCGCUCCGCGGCUCGGACGCCUGCGGCCGCGACGUCGGCGUGCUCUGCACGUCCUUCCGGUCACUCAUUUCGCUGGACCUUUCGGGUUGCGAUGCGCUGCAGGACGCGCAUGUUGCCGCGAUCGGCGCGGCGCUGCCACAGCUGCAGAUGCUCUCGCUGAGCGGAUGCCGCGAUGUCUCCGACGCCGGCCUGGCCGCGCUCCUGGCGCACUGCCGCUCUCUUUCAUCUCUGCUGCUCGGGUGGUGUGACAUCUCCGACUUCGGCCUCCUCUCCCUCUCCUCCAUUUCCACUUCCCUCACCUCCCUUGACCUCUCCGGCUGCGCCAUGCUCACUGACCGCGGCGUCGCCGCGCUCAUGCGCCGCUGUCCUCGCCUUGCCUCGCUGCAGCUCGAGGGUUGCAGAAAGGUGUCGGGCUGGGCGCUGGCCACGGUUGCCUAUUGCAAGCAGCUGACCGACGCCGGCCUGAGCACCCUCGUCGCAGCUUGCCCGCAGCUGAGUACGCUCGACCUCAACAAUUGCACUCUCCUCACGCAAACGACGCUCGAGGCCAUAGCCGCGCAUUGCCCCCGACUCCAGUCCCUCGACCUCGGGUUGCUCGAGCUCGCCGCCGCUUGCCAUGGUCUCCGCUCACUCAACAUCCGCUACUGUUCCGACGUGUCGGCCGAGGCUGUCGAGCGCAUCAAGGACCUAUUACAAAAGUAAGUCACUUCAGUGUCGCACAGCGUCGAGGUGUGCGAGGUGCGGUGUGCUCGGAGAGUUUAUCUGAUUUGCGGGAGACGGUUGUUCA